AUGGGGGCGCGCUCGCUGCGCGCGGCGGGGGCAGCCCGCCUCCAGCCCGGUGCUGGGCGGGCGGGGGCCGCGCCGCGGCGGGGCAGCAGCCCGCCGGGCCACGGGUUCCGCAGGGUUACCCUGACCAAGCCCACCUUCUGCCACUACUGCACCGACUUCAUCUGGGGGCUGGCCGGCUACCAGUGCGAGGUUUGCAACUUCAUGUCUCAUGAAAAGUGCCUCAAGAAUGUCAAGAUACCAUGCUCGUGUAUUGCUCCCAGCCUUGUAAGGGUUCCAGUUGCACACUGUUUUGGGCCUCCAGGACAUUACAAAAGAAAGUUUUGCACUGUGUGCAGGAAGUCACUGGAGUCACCUGCCUUUCGAUGUGAAGUUUGUGAGCUACAUGUGCACACAGACUGUAUCCUGUUUGCUUGCAGUGACUGCCGACAGUGUCACCAGGAUGGGCACCUGGACCACGAUACUUACCACCACCACUGGAGAGAGGGAAAUCUUUCUUCAAGUGCUCGUUGUGAAGUUUGCAAAAAAACCUGUGGGUCUUCUGAGGUGCUCUCUGGCAUGAGAUGUGAAUGGUGUGGCAUCCUGGCUCAUGCUGCUUGCUACGUAAUUGUCACACCAGAAUGUACCUUUGGAAGAUUAAGGAAUAUGAUUCUCCCUCCAAGUUGUGUGCAGUUAUUUUCUCGCAACUUCAGCAAAUUGCACUGUUUUCGAAUAUCGGAAAAUUUGCAAACCGAAUCAGAUGAAGAUGAUGAUGUUGAUGGUUCAACACAGGGAUCAGCAAAAGAUGUCCAGAUUUCAACAGAUUCAAGUAAACAAACAUUGAAGAUAUUUGAUGGGAAUGAUGCAGUGAAACGCAAUCAAUUUCGACUGAUUUCAGUUCCGAGGAUUGCAAAAAAUGAAGAAGUUGUGGAGGCUGCUUUGAGGGCGUACUAUAUAAAUGAUGACCAGCAGGAGUACGAGCUGCAGACCUUCACGCAGCAGGUGCUGCUCUCUGAUGAUGUUAUCAACAGGAACGAUGCUGCAGAGGACAGCAACUUGGGCUCAGUAUUCCGAGAAUCCGUUCCUGAAGCUUGGAUCAUCAGAGCCAAACCAAAGGACGAGGAAGUGAUCAGAAUUUAUCCUGCCUGGCUAAAGGUGGGAAUGGCAUAUGUUUCUCUACGAGUAAAUAAGGAUAGCACGGUGCAGACUGUGAUCAAAGAAGUGCUUCCAUUACUUGGAAGGCAGACAGAGUGCCUCCAGAAUUUCAAAUUGGUAGAAGUGCUUAUGGGCAGUAAGCAAGUUCAGCGCAUGGUUUUGGACAAUCAGGAACUGAUUCUUAACAGAUUCAAGGACAUACGAAAGACUUCAAUACGUCAGAUGAAUCAAACAAGAUUUUACAUUGUGGAAAACAGUAAAUCCGUUGUGCAAGUAAAUUUAUUUGUUGGUGGCCUUCCACCUCAGCUUUCUGCUGAAGAAUACACAAAUAUUCUCAAGGAAGAAUUAGCUAUCAAAACAAAUGUAGUAUCUGUGAGUCAUGUUUAUCAAGCACAAGGUGCUGUUGUACUCCAAAUUUCAUGUUUUUCUGAAGCUGAAAGAAUAUAUAUGCUAGUUAAAGAUACUGUUAUCAAUGACAAGCCUCUGAAUGCUGUGGUGAUUCCUGAAGUUAUGGCUUCCAAGAUACCACAGAAUUGCUGCCCACUUCUUGUAUUUGUGAAUCCAAAAAGCGGUGGGCUGAAAGGUCGAGAUCUGCUGUACAGUUUUAGAAAGCUGCUAAACCCACAUCAGGUCUUUGAACUUACCAAUGGGGGCCCACUUCCUGGGUUUCACACGUUCUCCAAAGUCCCCUCCUUCCGAGUGCUGGUGUGCGGAGGGGAUGGCACCGUUGGCUGGGUCCUUGGUGCACUCGAGGAAAUCAGGCACAAGCUGGUGUGCUCAGAGCCCUCCGUUGCCAUCUUACCUUUAGGAACAGGUAAUGACCUGGGGAGGGUCUUGCGUUGGGGAGCUGGCUACAGUGGGGAGGACCCAUACUCCAUUUUGGUUUCUGUGGAUGAGGCAGAUGAUGUUCUUAUGGACCGCUGGACUAUCCUUUUGGAUGCGGAAGAGCCGGCUGAAGGUGCAGAGAAUGGCAUUGGAGAACCUGAGCCUCCAAAGAUUGUACAGAUGAACAAUUACUGUGGUCUUGGCAUUGAUGCAGAGUUGAGCUUGGACUUCCAUCAUGCUAGAGAAGAAGAACCAGGGAAAUUUAAUAGCAGGUUUCACAACAAAGGAGUUUACGUGAAAGUUGGGCUGCAGAAGAUAAGUCAUACUAGAAACCUCCACAAGGACAUAAAGCUGCAAGUGGACCAGCACGAGGUGGAGUUACCAAGUAUAGAAGGACUCAUUUUUAUUAAUAUACCCAGCUGGGGCUCUGGAGCCGAUCUCUGGGGCUCUGACAGCGAUAAUCGCUUCGAGAAGCCGCGCAUCGACGACGGCCUGCUGGAAGUUGUUGGUGUGACUGGCGUCGUUCACAUGGGUCAAGUCCAAGGUGGUUUUCGAUCAGGAAUCCGCAUAGCCCAAGGCUCAUAUUUUCGUGUAACACUCCUUAAGCCAAUUCCAGUUCAAGUUGAUGGAGAGCCCUGGAUUCAGGCCCCUGGCCAGAUUAUAAUUUCUGCUGCAGGACCAAAGGUCCAUAUGUUGAAAAAAUCCAAGCAGAAACAGAAAAAAACUGGAAGCCUGAGAGAGAUGAAAGUGGAUAGCAUGUCAGUCUCUGAAGGAGGACGCUAAGUGGAGACCUGUGUUCAGAAGUGAUGCAGCACACCUACUGUAGAUACCAAGCUGGUUCGGUAAAACCAAGUGCAGACAACUCCUGAAGAGUGUUGCCUACGAGCGUGCCUUUCAUUACAUUUUGACAGUACUGGGUUCUACUUUGUCUUUCAAAGAUAGUGCCUCAUUGUCACAAAUAUCAUGUAACACUUGUCUCAUCUGAAAUGUUUACUUUGGGUUGCUUUUCAAUAAGCCAUUUCCAUUUUCCAGCCAAACAGAGAUUCCAAGAUGCUGAGAUUUCUGCAUCUGCCUUCGCAAAGACUCCUCCCCUCCUUCUAGCUCCUUCUUAAAAUCAUUCCAUAGAUAAAUUUUGGUGAGUUGUUCCAUAAUUGAAAAUGUGUUCCUUUAAAUUAAUGUUCGCAAUAGCGUCCUAACCAAAAGAAGGCAAAGACUUGAGCUGCUGAGAACUUGGAUCAGUCCAAAUAGCACAGCUGAAACAGUACUACCGUAAAGAGAAAAACACAAAACACAGGAGAGAUUAUUUCUAUAAAAGGAGCCCAGUGCACUGGAAAGAGAGAAAGUACUAGAACAGCUGAGUCAAAAUAUUUCAGAGAGUUUACUUCAACAGUACUUGGGCAGUAUGAAUGAAGGGGAAACAACCUGUAGAACAAUUUUUCAGAUGCAACUUAGUUUCUCAUUAGUCAGCCAAAGCCUGUUUUAGAAGGCAUUUGAAUUUCAGCAGCUACAACGCUAACGUAAAAAAGAAAUAAGAAUACCCAAGACAGUAUUAUGGUAUACCAGUUUUUUUCUGUCACUGAAACCAUUAUCUUUGACACCAGAGUUUUCUUCUUGUCUUUAAUUGUGCUGUUUCUUUUUCAUGAAUUUGUCACAGUUGGACUAUUAUAUAACAGCAAGCUCAGAGACUAAAAGAAUCAUCACUAAUUAGUGUAAAAGAAGUACCACUUAGUGUUAAGUGAAUUAGAACAGUCAUCUGUUAGAGAUGAAGUACAGCAUAGCUUCUCUGAGGAGCCUUGGGCAGUGUUGAAGCCUGUGGUGUGCAUGUAACAUGCUGUAGGCUUCAAAUAACUGGGAAUGCAAGAGCCAUCAUGAAAAUUCACUUACCUGUUUAGGCUUCUUUAUUAGGGAGGGUUCAGAGCAUACUGAAAUCUGAAACCAUGACACCACUGAAAGCUCAACAAAACUGAUAUUUAUUACCAAGAGGUGGCCAACAAAACAAACAAACCCAAAAGUGAAGAAGGAGGAGAGAAAUAAGCCCCCAGCACAACCUCCCCAGUUACCCAGCUGUUGCCCAUAAAGUUAUCUUGCCGACCUAGCGUGCCUAUAAUUACCCAUUGCAGAAUCUGCAUCCUUGGAGAGUCAGUAAGUUCACAAAUUGGCAGGCGUCCCCGCCAAAAGGCAACAUUAUCCUUGAUGUGAAGCUUGCUGCCCUCCAAGAAAGAGCUUUCUGCUUUUAUACAAUUAACUGAGUGACUUCAGCCUAGGCAGGUGUGGCCAGCACUGCCCAGCCAGAGGCCCCCAGUCCCACCCCUUGUGAUGCAAGUGAUAUCUCGUCUGCACAUGCAUGGCUUUCCCCGCGCCUGCGCACUGCCCCCGGGGGAUCUCUUCCAAAUGAGUCUAGAGGUUUACUUCAUACCCAUAGUCUUCAGUUUCUCCUUCGAGCAACCUUGGAGGACGAUCAGCCAAAUCAUAAAAUAGCAAUUAAAUAUAGUUUAUACAAGAACUUUCUCCAAGGACGAAGUUUCCGUUUUAUCAGUGCUUUUUUUCUCAUAACUUGUCAGGGAAAGAACAAAACUUUUACAGGUGGCUGGGCCAAACGUGGACCAAAAGUAUCAGCGUAAUUAACCCCUGAUACAGCUUCUCAAGUCCUCGAUGGUGUUGUUGGUGUUGUUAUCAGGUGUGGGCCCAGGGAUGCAGUGGCUGUCUUUUUUCACUUGGAUGAGGGUGUGCUCUUCAGAUGCUCUGCAUUUAUUCAUCUGCUGAAGGUGUGGAGAUCUGGUACUCCUUUUACAGCUUCGUGCUAGAGACUGGCGCUGGAGCAGGUGUGCUGGUCCUGCCAUGCACAUGUAUCUGCUGUCCAUGGCUCAUGGUCAUGUUGUUCUUCACUCAUCUCUGCUGGGCUCAUCUCACCUUCGUUCUCCAGGGACUGAACCUUUCACCUUGGGUCAUCAUCAUACUCAAGGGGCCCUGUGAGCCACUUGUGGGCAGGGGGUGGGGCCUGCAUUAUUUUACCACUUGUAUCUGCUGCUUGGAGCUACUUAAGCCAUGUUGCCUAGAGCCCACUCAGCCAGACAGUGGGCUUACUUGUCCUCUGUUGCACAGUAAUAACUAAUUCAGCUAUGGGUGGCAUGAAUUCAUCACCCAAGUGUCAGCUUUAGGAGCAUUCCUCCUGCCAGUGUGUCUAGAAAAACAUCUCCAGCUGCUUCAGGGGACUUAAAUUUAACUUUUAAAUAUGCAAAAGCCAUUUUCUGAUGGAGCCAGUUACGUGCUGAGGCAGUUCUUACUGGGUCUUGUUGAUGAGUCUGUACUCUAAGCACUUGGCCAACUUUAGCAACACCUGUGCUUUCUACUUUCCAGUCGUGGUGCAGACAAAGGUGUGAAUGUGGGUGCUACAAGAGAGUCAUCUAUAGCAACAGAAUGAUACAGCUAAAGCUAUAGAGACAAAACAGCCAUGGAAAAAUGGAAGGUGCCUGCAGCCUCUCCUUCCUAUCUAGUGAUUCUGUCUGUUCUUAUGUUCUGGUAGAGAUGCAAUUGGAGGACUGACUCCUGUUUUCAGUGAAACCUCUUCUUAAUUGUUUAAAUUCUUGAUUUAAUUUCAGGGAUGUUCUUCAGGUACCACAGUGUGGACUACAACUUAACUUUUAUUUGACAUGCAAACUGGAUUCGUGCUAUGAGGGAGAUAGUUUGGAUAGUACAGAGCUAAAAUCCUUGUCUUCCUGAUCAUUAAACACGGGGUUGUCUGCUUCAGACCCUGGGCAUGAAGGAUCAGCUGGAGCUCUUCUGGCAUCCUGGUACCAGCAAUACAAGUAGGAGGAAUGAAGUGUUGUAUUUGAGGGUAUGCACUCCCUGGAUGAAUCUCACAAAUUAGAGAGGAAAUCUGAAAUAGAAUGCUGCUUCAUAAUUGUCCAGAAAGACAGAGAAAAUGCUUUGUAUCCUUGGGGCAGCAGAAAGAAUGCAUGGUCUUACUUUCCAGUUGCUGACGGUAACAGAAAGGAAAACUUGACUUUUUGUUACAGAAAAUGUGCAUAAAUUUUAAGAUUGCUGGUGCUGUCUUCUGCAACCCAAGUAAAUAAACCUGUCUUAUUAUUUUCCAGACAUAUAUAACCCUUCAGCAUGUAGCUGACACUGUUUCAAGUUUUUGGCUUGUUAAGGACCUGACUGUCUCUCCCUUUUGCUCAGUAUCUGUUUUCUGAAAUAACACGAAACUCGCAGAUCACAGUAUUUUAAUCAGAGGUCCCCUUAGUGUGGCGUGUCCUUCCCGGGAGAUUUUCCAUCCCUGGAACUCUGUACAAGCCUGUCUCGGGGUAGCAUCAUGGAAGCAGUGUGACACUGAAGUAUGAAUGUAUUCUUUUUGCAACUUCCAGAGGAGAUCCUGGCGGAGGACAACGUGGCAUAUUAAUAUAAUAUGUAAAUUAAUUACACGGACCCAGCUAGCUUGGUUGGGGGUUCUGAGCCAAAUCCACUUUAUUCAAAUGAAACAACACCUUAUAUAUGUGGGUUCAAAGUAACACAAGACUCCCUUGACCCAUCACCAUGGGUUUCUCACUGCCCAUGUGUGGGAGUACUUCGGGACUUUAUUUCCCAGGACGCCUCAUCCAGCAUCCUUCCUGUAACCCGACUCCUACAGGACAAGAAGUCUCUGAGUUAUGUUUUUCUUUCUCUUUCUUUUUUUUUUUUUUUCCAGAAAGCAACUGCCAUUUUGUUUGAGUAGAUGAGUGCCACACUGGAAUGAAAAUGUAUCUUAAGAAAAAGGCACUUGGCAUCUAAGAUCUUUAUGCACUGUAAAGUGAUGUUUAUUGUGUUUUGAUGCCAAAAUAGAUUCCUGGGCAGUUGAGAUAGGAAACCCCCUGUAAAACUUUUAAAAAGAGAAACUCACUCUUUAGCCCCUCUAUUAAGAUGAUGUUCCAUUUUCAGGUUCUGUAAAGGCCAGUGUAUCAAGAAUAUUUUUUUCUCCUUUUUUUUUUUUACAUUUUCAUCACACACAGUGUCUGAGAAGGCCUAGUAUUGUCUUGUGUAGUAUGUAAGACUUGAAUGAAAGAGGGAGAUAACUCUUUGCAGUUAAUGCAAAACAUUUAGACUCGGUCUUUACAUUGAACAAAACAAUGCAGUAUAAUUUUCAUGGCAGUGAGCAGAUAGAUGAGUCUCCAUACUGACUCUUAGAGUAACAUUGUAUGAGAACCUAGUGGUCACAGGCCAAGUACUUUAAAUAAUGCAGUAGCAAUGGUGGUGGGGAAGAGGCUCAGUUUAGUUAAGACAGGUGUUAAUGAAUGUGAGGGACACAGGACCAGGAGCUGUAGCUGUAGACAGGCUCAUUGCUAUCCUGAGUACACACUCCUUCAUUCUCUCUCCAUUGUCCUUGCCUGUAAAUCAUGGCAGGCACGGAUAGCACAACUAGCAUCCCUCCUGCUGAGAUACACUCUCCUGACCUUUUACUAGUGUCCUACUUAAGCUUUGCCAGCGCUGGGGAGAAAAGGGUCCUGAAAAUCGUGGUUCCUUUGAAAUAGCCCAAUAUCACAUAGGAGAGAAGGUGAUCAGUUGGUUAAAAUCUGUUCUGAUGGGUAAACAAACCUCUGCCUUGAACUGGGAGAACUGAAAUUCAAAAGCUCAUCCCUGAGAUACAGGUGCUACUUAGAAUAUUUGCUGCUUUUUUUCCCCUGUGGCUUUUACCCUUGAUUUGUAUAAUUUAAAUUGCUGGUGUUUUCACUGCAUUGAUUUUUAAAUGAAACUGUCAUUUUGCCAAAAACUGUUUAUGUAUGUGUAUAUAUGUGCGUGUACAUACAUGCAUAUACAUACAUGUGCACACACCCUUUGAAAAUACGCCUUAUUGUAUUUCCUUCCACAGUGCCUAAUUGUACAGCUUUUGCUCCGUUACAACAUUCUGAUAGCACUCACUUCUGGAUCUUUCUCUCACCAGUUUUGGACAGGAGGCAGGACUUGCGCUUUCCAACAAGACACGUGAUGGCAAUACAGUGAAAAACACAACUGUGUUUAGAGUACAGUCUCUGUGCAUGUACAGUUUGAGCUCCUCUUGCUCUUUCUAGAUUUUAAUCAAGUCUUUGUGUGUCUAAAAUCAGUGGCAAUGGCUAUUGUAGCAUUUUAAAAUAUAGAAAAAGCUGAGCAUAGUCCACUGCAAGACUUAACUAAGGAACAAAACUAACUGAACUGUUCUAGACAAUUGUUUGUUAAUCUUCACGGUUACCCUCUUACAAGUAUUGUACAGAUUUCGUUUCUUUAAAGAGCAAAUAACGCACUUGUUUUGAGUACCAGCUGUUUGAAUUGCUAAGUAUUUAUGUGUGCAUGUGACUCUGUAGCAGUCUCUUGACAUAUAAACGUGUCAUUAUCAAAUGAAGCCUCAUUUUGUGGGAGGAGAAGGCAAGUGGAGCUGUUGUGACACUUAAAAGGGCUUAUGUUGAAGACACGGCAGAUUUAGCUGCAUAUGUAUUUGAUAAUGUGCUGAGCAGGUAUGCUCUGUGCUGCAUAGCCUCUGGUCCAUAUUCCAGCACUUUGUGAUAACAGGGGUGCAUUGGAGUUGUGCCCUUGAGAGACCUGGCAGAAGAUACUCUUUCAUUCUGCACCCCAUACCCCUUCCUCACAACCUUCAGUGUAACUGUACAUCUUCUGCUAGGCUGCCCUCUUGCCCUUCAGGCCUAGCUCUGUACAGAAACUGGUACUAAAGGCAUGAGCCCGUGAUGGUAAAUGUGCAUGGUGAGUGGGGGAAUGGAGUUCCUGCUCUAAAACACUGCUUUGUUGAUGGGCUUAGACUAUUUUUUAAUUUCUGCUUCAGCUUCUACUUUAGCCAUUUAACAGCUGUGCAGUAAAGGCUCAGCAACUACUGAACUACCUUGAAUUCAUGGUGAUUACGUUGCCUCAUUUUCAGGCUUUGAUCUUAUAUGCACAGUGCACAUGUAACUUCAUUACACUUUUUGCACUUACUAGAAACUACACGUUAGAUAGGCUUAGGCUGUGACAAAAUCACAAUGUUUGUACUUUUUGUAUAAAUAUGGGGAUGAUUCUACAGAUACAAAGAUGCACUUUCAGGUAGCAACGAAAACAAGUUUGUAGAAUGCAAUUGUUAAGGAGUUUCUCUGACUGCAGUGUUCCUGAUCCCCAUCCAUAUCUAAUACUGUGUUCUUCUUGAAAGCCUUUUUGGGAAUGAGAGAUGGCUUCUUCCUCCCAUCGCAGUAUGUAUUUACAGCUGACUGAAAGUUCAUGUAUGCUUUUGAGCAAAUUGGCUGCUAUUCUAAGUUUUAGGUUUUAAGUAACGUUCAAGCUUAAUUUAUAAUGUCAAUAUUUACUGAUUUGACAUUUAGUUGCAGGAGAGAUCCAGCUCAAAGCCUUCAUUCCUUUUGCUAUUUAAUGUUUUUGGGGAUUUUUUUUUUUAAACAAUGUAGCUUUUUUAUGUGUGGAGUGCAGUGAAAUGAAUGCAAAUUACUGAUCUUAACCUGCAGUUAGAGCAGCAGUUUCAAUGUUUACAGGACAGUGACUAUUGAUUGUAAAUGCAUACGUGUUCACUGAAGCAGUGCACUCUGUGUGUUUUGGAAGCAUUGUUUCUGCUUACCAUAUGUCACUUUGGAGAGAUUUAAGUGCAGAUUAUGACUUUUCUGCCAUGGACUCACAGGACAGAAUUUCUACUGAUAAUGUUGUACUGAACAUGUUUUCUGAAAAAGUGACUUUUUUUUUGGUGAAGAUAAUUUAUGAGAAUGUUUUAUAAGCAGAUCAGUGUUCUUGUAAAAGUUGGUCUGAAGUCUUGAAAUAAAUGUGUGUAGAUAUUAAAGACCUAUCCCAAAGCAAAUAAUUUUUUAAUAGGGCACUGUUAGUGGUGUAGUUACCCCUCAGAGCUCUCCUAGCAGCACACCCACUUAGUGUGUCACUGUGCACUGCUCAAGUGUGUUAUUUAGGGGACAACUUGAUUUCAGAAGAUGUGGCUUCAUUUAUAUUGUGUGUAUCACCUGCUAUGCCUCUGGCAGCAACUCCUAAUAUAAACAUCAGCUCUACAAGGCAGAACUUCUCCCCAAAUGGAUCAGGUUGAAGAGCAGAGAGCCUGCCCUUGUGCUUGACUGCAGGAAGGUUACAGGUCUGGUGACUGGCACUUACAGUCCUCUCUCUCACUGUCACACAGUGUUCCACAUGAGCCCUUUUGCUUUCUGAAGGUGGGCAGGCAGGCACAAACCAGGAGUGCCUGAGUCAAACUGCUAGCAGUUUGGCUCACCAUGGCACCCAUUUCCUAGUGCUGCUGGUCUUGCCAAAUCGAGUAGCAGGAGGUGCUUGAAGAAUUACUGAGUAUUUAUUGUGUAAUUUUAGGUGCAUAUAAAGCCUUCACUGCUAUUUUAAAGCACAAUUCGGGGAUCUGUAGCAUAGCAAUAGCUGUACAACUCCAGCAUUCCAAACAUGCCCAAAGCAAGUUAUCCUUGUGAUAGUUUAAUUAGCAAUGGUGUAGCUAGUAGCAAUCAAUACCUUGAAGCUGCAAGUUCUGAUUACUGGAAGAGAACAUCUCUGCUUUGAAUGCAAAGCAUCAGAGUUUGCUAUAGAUUUCAGUGUCCUUCCUACUUAUGAACAACCUAUGACAUCUUAAUUCAAACUGUGGCUUCACUAUUGCUUAAAUAACUGUUUUUCACCUCUGACUAUUUAAAUUAUCCAAAUUCAUGCAGUUGUAUGAAUGUUGUUUUAUUAUCAGGAUACUCUUAAGGUGUCUCAUAGCAUUUCUUGUGAAUGUUCUAAUACAUUGGUAAUAAAUCAUCUUGGCCCAAUAAACAAAUGUAAGAUGACAAGUUAGUGUCUAGUGCUUGUUCUUUGUGCACCUGCCUAAUUCUCAGAAUAAAAAGCGCCUAAGCAUAAGCAUUAAAGUGGUUGAAAACACAUUGUGUGCCUCAAACCAGUAAUGCAUUAUCACACAUGUUUACUUGUGGAUUGGUCUCAGAAACUGGCUUUGAGUGAUGUAGCUUGUUUCUCAAUGCCUGCCUUGCAAAUGAGACAUGUCACCAUAUUGUGGUAACUUGUCUACAAAUAACAUACCUGGUGUAAUAAUUAGUUUUUGAAAGAGUAAUUUAUAAAAGGUGGACUUUUCUCUUAUAUUUAAACAUCUGUUUGUCCUUGGGUUCUGUUCUUAGAGCAAUUCUGUAUAUAUUUUGCAAUAUGUGUUUUGUGUUUGACUGUACAUUUUGCACCAAUUUGAAAUUCUGUAUUCUAAAUAUAAUUUACAAGUUCCCAGAGA